CCGCGGCCCGACUCCGCCAUGGCCGUUGCUGCCACCGCCCGCAGGAGGCCGAGGGCGUCCGCGCCGGGGAAGCCAACGCCGCCGCCGCCGUCGCCGCCCGGCUGGGGGCCCGCCCCGCUGCCGCUCCUCCUGGGGCUGCUCUUCGGCCUCCUCCUCCUCCUCGGCUCCCCGGCCGCCGGCACUGGGGCUAAGGAAGAAAGAAACCAAACUUCAGAUGAUGUAGCUAGUCUAGUUAAGCUUUCUUCUAAGAUCGGUAAUAAUGCAAAUGAAAAGACCAUGGACCCCAGUGCAAAUGAAAACACCAUGGACCUCUCCCCUCCUAAUAAUACCAGUCUCCCCGCUCCCCUCAAGCCCCAUCCAACGGAAGAUGACAAGGCCACAUCUGCUGCACCUCCUUCAGUUACAACUAGUCCCGCGCUGGUAAGGGAAGCUGAGGCUACUGAGGAGGCCCGAAUUGAGGAGGAGGGUCUGCUCACGUUGAACAGUUCUCCUUCCACCUCCAAAGACUCUCUGGACAAUGGGGAAUAUGGAGAGUCGGACUACGACUGGACGCCCAACACUAGAGAUGGCCCCAACGGUCAUGAGCAAGGCAACACAGGCUUCGCUGAGUUGGACGAAGCUGUUAAUUCCAGGGACAGUUACCCCGACGGGAAAUUGUUUAAGGCUCCACAGUCAAGCUUAGAAGAGGAAGACAGUCAUUUUUUUUUCCACCUGAUCAUCAUUGCUUUCUUGGUUGCGGUGGUGUACAUCACAUACCACAAUAAAAGAAAGAUCUUCCUCCUUGUUCAAAGUAGAAAAUGGCGUGAUGGUCUUUGCUCUAAAACAGUGGAAUAUCAUCGGCUAGAUCAAAAUGUUAAUGAGGCAAUGCCUUCCCUGAAGAUUACCAAUGAUUAUAUUUUUUGAAAGCACUGUGAUCCAAGUUUGCGAGCUCAGUUAUUUUCUUUGCCUGACUUUUUAUAUGCUGUUGUGCAAAAGUUUGCCAUUAAGCCAUUUGUUCUUCAAUGAAAGGUUGAUCUCUUUUGCCUUGAUAGUUGGGAGGUGAAGUGUUAUGACAUAGGGGUAUAUAUAAUUCUUUGUCAUCUAUAUUUUUAUGAUUGAUUUUGGGCAAUGCCGAAAGAUACAGCUGCUUAUUACCCUGUAAAUCAUUAAUUGUUUCAGGUGUGCUGGUCUGGCUAUUUUUUCUGGAAGUGUCAGUGGAGCUGGUAUUUUAUAGACCUCGUUAGGCCUAAGUCUCAACAAAUCCAACAUCACUGAGUCAAAUUAAAUCUGCUGGCAGCCAUUUUUGCCGGUAGAGUCUCAUGGCUCGCUUUACUACCACAGAUUUCUUUGGGUUACCAAAUGUUGGAAAUAACAGAUAAAAACAUGCCAUUAAGUAGUGCUUCUCUUCAGGGAAACAAUUCUACCCACUUCUUGAUUAACUUCUGGAUAGUUUUGGGUCUGAUUUCUCAGAGUGUCAAAUUUUGCUUUUCUGCCACUAUUUUUAAAGAAGUUCAAGUAGACCUCUGUUUUAAGUUAACAAGGCAUGUUUCUUGUAAUCUUUGAGGUACUGUAACAUUUCCAUUGCAAUUGGUGGACUUAAUACUGUUGAUGUUGUAGAUACAUCAUUUAUUUUUGAAUGACAAAUGUUAAGGUAGAAUUUCAUUUUUUAUAUAUGUAGGUUAUCUGCUAUCUCAAAACAUGUGCAUCCACACAUAGGUAUGCAAGGUUUGAGAUAGCAAAUCAUUUUAAUAUACUGAUUCCUCCAGACUUUUAAUUUUGGUGUAGCUUGACUGUAGUAAGUAUUUGGAAAUAUAAGAACAUUUUGUUACUUUCCAAGACAAGUUGACAUGGGGAAGUGGGAUGUUAAAACUUGAGGACCAUCACCAUUUAAGCAAUUCUGCAUCUUCCCUGUUCUGUCAAAUUAAAAUGGUACCUGACUGAAGUAGUUUAUGUACUUACACUUUUGGGGGUAUACUGGCCUAUUUUGUUUGAGUUGGGUCAGCUCUCUGUUUUCAGUAAUUGAAGAAUUUUCUUUCCAGCACAUCUUGAGGUGAUCAUCAGAAUCGUUACCAGAGAGGCAAAAGGGGUCAUUCUCCAUUUGCUUUGACUAAGCCCUGAAGUAUGGUGCCACUUUAAGAUUUUUUUAAUGUUAUUUAGGCACUUACUAUAUGCCAGGCACUGUACUAAGCACUGGGGUGGUCAGCUGAGCAGGUUGGACACAAUUCUUGUUCCACAUGGGGCUCACAGUCUUAAUCCUCAUUUUCGAGUUGAGGUAACUGAGGUACAGAGAAGUUAAGCGACUUAAGGUCACACAGCAGUCAAGUUGCAGAGCCAGGAUUAGAACCCAGGUCCUCUAACCAAAAGGAACUUUCAUGGGGUAUGGUGGGCGGACAUCUGCUGCUCGUUUUCUGAGCUUGGAGAUCGACAAAUCAGUCAAUGUCUCGAUUCUGUCAAAUACUUCUCCACACCACAACCACAGGCAAGGGAAGCACAAAUGUAAAACAGCAGACUGUUUCCUCUCAGAAAUUUUCUUUUAUCAUGUUUGAACUUGUAUCAUCUAAUAUUUUGAAUAAGGUUUUUAAAAAUAAACGGUAAAAAUGUCAA